GCAGAUUUAAAAACGUUCACGGCACUUGGAUGCUAUGGUGCCACUGUUAUCACAGCUUUGACUGCUCAGUCUACUACGGGUGUUGUAGGGGUCCAUGCAACUCCACCUGAAUUCGUAGAGCAGCAGCUUCGCGCAGUCUUGGAUGAUUUUUCGAUCAAAGCAUUCAAGACGGGCAUGCUUCAUGAUGCUGCCAUAAUCGAAAAAGUUACAGAGGUGCUGAAAACUCAUCAAAAUGGUGUAUCUAAUGCACACAUUGUGGUCGAUCCCGUCAUGGUGUCCACCUCUGGGCACCGGCUGCUCGAGCUGUCGGCCGUGAAUACUAUGCGUUCCAAGCUGUUUCCGCUAGCUACCAUAGUGACCCCUAACAUACGGGAGGCGGAGCUUCUGCUUGCGGAGGGUGAUGUGACGGUCCGAAUUUCUACCAUCACUCACAUGUGCAAUGCGGCGAAGCGUCUUGUGAUGACCUAUGGCGCUAAAGCUGUUCUUCUGAAAGGCGGCCAUCUCGAGAUGAACUUAGAAGAAUUUUUACUAGAGCUUCGGACACUCGAAGAUUGUGCGGUUGAUUACGCAAAUUUGCUUGAUCCUGAAUAUCCUGCUGUUCUUCGCUCAGCGGUCAAGGCCGUUCUCUUGCCCAGCCUAGUAGUUGACGUGCUUUACGAGCCGGACAAUAAAUCCAUUCGCAAGCCAUUUACUCUGUUCGCCAAUGCUCGUCUGCCAUCCUCUAGUACCCAUGGUACAGGUUGUACCCUCGCAGCAGCCAUUGCAUGUGGGCUUGCAAAAGGACUCACAAUCGUUGAAUCGAUUAAACAAGGGAUUGUCUACACCCACGAAGGGAUAUCCACAGCUGUUCCUCUGGGACGUGGAGCGGGCCCUCUGAACCACCUCCACCCUGUCAUACCGCGGGUGGUUCCACUUCCUUCCACUGAAGCCCCUCAUCCUUUCGUCAGUAGUCUCAUCUACGGAAAUGUUAGCACAUGGAAGCAGUAUGUGCAGCACCCUUUUGUUAUUCAAUUGGGAAACGGGACUCUUCCAAGGGAAUGUUUCGUUCACUUCAUCGAGCAAGACUACCUUUACCUGCAAUAUUAUGCUCGUGCACACGCUCUGUUAGCCCUCAAGUCCACAACUUAUGAAGGGAUACAAACUUCAGCCCAAAUCAUGCUUCACGUAAUGCGCGAAUCCAAGAUGCACGAGUCAUUCUGCGACCAAUGGGGCGUCUCAGUCAAGGGCGGUGUACCCAUCAUGGAGUCCACGACGACGACUGCGUAUGGGAGCUUUAUCAUUGAUGCGGGUUUGAGAGGUGAUGACCUCACGUUGGUGGUUGCAUUGGCAGCAUGUCUCCUGGGAUACGGAGAAGUGGGGCUUUGGCUCCGGACAGAGUCUGAACGUGAAGAUAGUGGAAUUCAUUUGGAGGGUAACCCCUACCGAAAGUGGAUUGAAGAUUACUCGGGGGAAGAGUACCAAGCUGCUUGCCAAGCCGGUCUCGCUGCGCUUGAAUCACGAAUCGCCAUAGAAGGACUCACACCUACAACAUACGGAAGGUUGAAAGCUACCUGGUAUCGUUGCGUUGAAUUGGAAAAAGCAUUCUGGGACAUGGCAUUUGAAGUCAAGAGGGAUGAGUGAGACACAGAGCGUCGGAAGUUGUAUUCUUG